AUGGGGGGCCGGAAAACGGGCACUCAACAAGUCGACGAGGCAACGAGAUCCAUUCCGACUCGUCGAUGUCUCCGGACUUCGUUAAGUUACCUACUCUGGGGCCACGGCAUUCAUCUUUCUCAAGGGAAGGCCGUGAUACCUCCCGCCAAGGUCAGACGAGUCCAGGGCAAACCACAUAAUCAGGGGGAGGCAAUACCGGAGAGUAAAGCAACACAGCAGAGAGCAGAGCGACGCAUAUACAUCCUUGCGUGCAGGUCAUCCCAUCCCCUUGCUACCAACUCUCCUCGCUCGCUGUCCUUGUCUGGCUGGCUAUCAUCACCUCACGCAAGCCUCUUCGUCUUCGCCUGCCCAGCUAUUGCAUCUGCUUUCCGCGUGGGAUUUUGUGGGGCGUGUUUCUGGCUCAUUAACACCAUGCCUAGAGACGAUCUUUCCAUCGACUUUGUCAGAAGGAUGCCACAGGUCGAAGCACUGGAUCCUGCUAUCAUCCUCGACGACUGGAUGAACCGGGUCCAGAACUUUCCCGAGGAGAUCCGUUUUAUCCAGGAAGAAAUCGCCGACAAGGAUAGGCAGUACCAAGAGUGCAUCAAGGUCAUAGAGGAUCGCGACGGCAAGAUCCAGAAAUGGAUCAAGGCGAACGGCAGUCAUGAGACGAACCCACGGGAGGAGGGCAUGCGGGCCGUGAUACGCGAACACUAUGCACGCGCAGACCGCUUGGCCGGCGAGAAGAUCACCCUGACGCAGAGGCUACAAGCCACCAUGGAUAAGCACCUACGGAAUCUAGACCAGCACAUUAAACUGCUCUACGAUCGUGCCGAGCCUGGCUUCAACGACCCAGACAAAUGCCCCUCCCUUCUCCGACCCAGUGCUGCCAACCACUCUGGGCCGUCGGUUCGCUCCGUCAACCCGGCCAGUCACCUGUCAGGAACCACUAUCAAUGCAACCGCCACUCCAGGACCCGCCGUUCACUCGGUCGGCCCUGCGACUGCCCGGGCAACUAACCCUCAGGUCCGAAACGCCCAAUCCCAACAACAGUACCCCGCCUCGGCCCCGACGAGCCCCGCGGCCAGCAUGAUCCUCAAUCGUCAGACGCGAGAGAGCUCAGCCGGUCCGGGCAGUGGUGUCCCGAAACGAGGCCCCCGGUCCAACUCAGGCCUGGGCAGCGUCCCGGCCGCCUCAAGCGGCCUGGCAAGGCACUCAUCGCUAGGACCUGGCACGCCGAAGGGCGCUGGCGCGAACGGAGUUAAUGGCGCGGUGCGUGCGGGGAGCGCCGGGCCUCGUUCGUCCUCGCAGAAAGCAUCGGGAGCGUCCGGAGCGGGCAGAAAGGGAACCCCUACUGGUGCCGGUCGUAAGAGGGCCGGAGCCGCUGGAAGCAAGUCCUCCCUCUCACGAGUCAAGAAAUCCGGGAGCAGAAAGUCGCCCGCGUCAACGGCGGACAGCGAGCUAUCAGAAGCGGAAAGCGGGAGCGUGGACGAAGGUGAGGAGAGCCGGCUGGACCGGGCAAGCGGCACGCCGGCACGAGACGCGAAGGACGCGGGCGCGGACGAGACCAUGGCCGAUGUGGACGAUGACGAGGCGGGCGACGAUAAAAAGUAUUGCAUGUGCCAGAACGUCAGUUUCGGCGACAUGGUGGCGUGCGACAACGAUGACUGCCCUUAUGAAUGGUUUCACUGGUCGUGUGUCGGCCUCAAGAGCGAGCCUAACGGCACAUGGUACUGUCCCGUCUGCACCGAGAAGAUGCAGAAGAAGAAAUAGCUCAAGGGGUUUGGCCCCCGUUUCUCGUGCCGCGCGCCCCUGCCACGGUGGCGGGGAAUGAAGGGGAGGAAGAAGGAUGGUUUAAAAGAUAUCAUGCAUUCUUGUUCUUAUUACCCUUCAGGCUACAUACGCGCACGUUCGUCACGAGUCACGACAGGAGUGUCAACUAAUACACGAUGGCAUUUGUGUAAUAAGAUACUUAGGAGCUGGACAGUCGGGUAACCACCUCUUAUUGUAGAUGCGAACAGUGAUAGAGCCCACCUGUAUCGUCGUCGAGC